AUGAUAGCAAACUUAUUUUCUAUUUUUGACCCCGCAUCUACUUUAAGUCUUCCUCUGAAUUGAUUUGCUUCAACUUUAGGUCUAUUUCUUCUCCCCUGAGUUUACUGAGUGCAGUCUAACCGUUACCAUAAAAUAUUUUCAAUAAUUAGAAACCAGUUGCACUUAGAGUUUAAAACUCUUGUAGGCCCCGCAUCUUCUCAAGGGCACACCUUGAUUUUUAUCUCACUAUUUAUAUUUAUCUUAUUUAAUAACCUCUUAGGAUUAGCACCUUAUGUGUUUACCGCUUCUAGACACCUCGCAAUAACCUUGAGCUUAGCUAUACCUCUUUGAUUUUCUUUUAUAAUUUACGGCUGAUUUAAUCAUACGCGCCACAUACUGGCUCAUCUAGUGCCUUUAGGGACACCGGGUAUUUUGAUACCUUUUAUAGUUUUGAUUGAAACAAUCAGUAAUCUUAUUCGCCCUGGUACUUUAGCAGUACGAUUGGCUGCUAAUAUAAUUGCAGGUCAUCUCCUUCUAGUUUUACUAGGUAAUCAAGGGCCUUCUUUAUCUUCUUCACUUCUUUCUUUUCUUUUAGGUACUCAGAUUUUACUUUUGACUUUAGAAGGGGCAGUAGCUGUAAUUCAAUCUUAUGUCUUCGCUGUACUAGCGACUCUGUAUUCCAGAGAAGUAGUUUAA